AUGGCAGAGAAGCUCGCACUAACAGCUCAGAUUAAAACUAUACACGAAGAAGCGCUUCCCUAUUACCCCUACAUCUUUCGACGCAUUUUUCUCUGCGGCCACCCCGACGAAUUCAUCGAAGUAUCUCGCUUGCCAAAUCACGAGCGCCUCACGCACACCCUUAUAACGCUAGAGGACUACGAGCGGUGCGCUCAAGCGCAGAGGAGUAGGCAAACGUACAGCCUCGAGCGAUGCCGAUGUUGCGCAUUCGCACACCGCCAACAUCAUCAAGAGUCGCUAACAGAUCCUCUGAAUGCGACGUUGAGGCCGAUACUUGCGUAUCAAGGGAGUGCGAUGUGGCUGGGACAGACUGCGAAUCGAACGAAGAAUGGGUUCGAGCUUGCACUGGCGCGUCUGGAGCAAGGUAACGGUGCUGGAUGCAAGAUAGUGCCUCAUGCACGAGUCUCUGAGUCAGAGCACGAAGAGAACUGGCAGCUUAUUGAGGCACCUGACGGUAGUGUCUACGGGAGGGCCUUGAGGUUUGUCGGUACGCCUAGUGAGCCUCAACAGAGGUCUCUAGAAUCUGCGGCUGCAACGAGCUCUCUGCGAGUUCGCGGAAGUGAACGCGAGAGUAUCGAUGCCUCGGGUGGUUCCGGUAUCUUUCAGGCAGGCCACCAGCGGAAGGACAGUGGUUUCGAAUGCCAUGAAAGCUAUACUCACAAAACUGACAGUGAAACACAAACACUGACGGUAGGGAGGGAGCUGCAAGAAGCCAACAGCAGGAGCAGUUUUCCGGAGACGGUAUUGCAGGUGCUCGAGAAAGUGAGGUAUUGUGAGGAUGACGAUGCCGAUCAGGAUGUAGGUCUUUCGAGAUUCUCUUCGUAUUCAUCCAACGACUCCUCCUAUAAGACAAAGUGGUGGAAACUAGGUAGGCCACCGGACGACCAUCAGCAAGAGUCAAGAGCAUUGAAGGCUCUUCUUCCCUUUAAGGAAUCUCUCAGACACUGGAGGAGACGUAGCAAGCGCGCAUCCACAGACCCUGAUGAACACGAACAAGAACGAGAACAAACCCCUAAAACGAUUCGUAACCUACAACUCCACCGUUCCAGAUCUAAUAAAGAGCAAGUACGAGUGUCUACCAAGAACCUUGAAUUCGAAAACCACAGUUUGGCUAGAAGCAACAGUGUGAGUAGAAGAAGAGCUUCGUCGUUGAAUCAUGACAGAAGGCACUCUAGUUUGACAAAUACUACAAACGGCGCUGGGACUAGAAACUCUUCCUCGAUACUGGAAAUCAACAAACAAUUACCGCCGCUACCAUUAGCGCAGCGUCAUCUGCACCAGGAGACAGAAGCUGGGCUUGAAGAGGAUAUGCCUGUCGAGUGGAUGGGAAAUGCCAUUUAG